AUGGCGAUGGCGAUGAUGGGGAGAACGGAGGAGGAUUCAGCGGGGAUAGAGAGAAAGAAGGACUCCCGGCCCUGUGGCUGCCCCCGGUGCACUGGAUCCUGCCUCCCCGCAGCUGCCAGUGCAGGGUCACCCCAGGAGCAAGCACCAGCUGCAGAGAAGUGCUCCAAAGGCCAGGCGUACCACCCAGUACCUACCAACUGCCAAGGCCCGCUGGAAGAUGCCCCUGAUCUCAGAUGUUCCCCGGUGGCUUCUCUGGGCAACCUGAGGGAGCACAUCUCCCCUGAACUCACGGACUCCAUGGAGCUGUCCAAGAACAAGAACAAGAAGAGGAGGAACAGGACAACCUUCAGCACCUUCCAGCUGGAAGAGCUGGAGAAGGUCUUCCAGAAAACUCACUACCCCGACGUGUACGCUCGGGAGCAGCUGGCACUACGGACGGACUUAACAGAAGCCAGGGUGCAGGUCUGGUUCCAGAACAGAAGAGCCAAGUGGCGGAAACGAGAACGUUAUGGGAAGAUCCAGGAGGUGAGAAACCCCUUCGCGGCCACCUACGACAUCUCUGUCCUGCCCAGGGCUGAAAACUACCCUCAGCUGCAGAAUAACCUAUGGCCAAGUCCUGCACCGGGGAACCCUGCAGGCCCCUGCAUAAUGUCCCCUGAGGGUAUCCCAUCCCCCUGCAUGUCUCCAUACCCGCAUUCCCAUGGGAAUGUCGCCGGAUUCAUGGGCAUCCCUGGUUCUCCCAACCACCAUCCUGGUAUCAACAGCCUGUACUCCAUCCAUGGUUUCCCCACUUCGCUCAGCAACCACAGCUUCGAAUCAGCAUCAGACAACGACUACAAAUCCCCCAGCCUGGUUACACUGAGAAUGAAGUCCAAAGAGCCAGCCAGCCUGCUUAACUGGACCACAUGAUCUCCCUGAGAGAGCCCAGGCUGCGGACACAAUUCACCCGCUGGGAUCUAGGCCACUCUCAAGGCUGGUUCCCCACAAAGGAGAGAGAGCAAGCCCUUCGCCUGUGGUUCCCUCUUCUCUUCAACCUCCCUGCACUCCAAGCCCAGCAGCUGGCACCUCAGAGAUGACCAGGAGGCCAGGGUUGGCAUGAGCUGAGGAACAUGGCAGCCUCCACCCUGCAUGUCUCCUCAUACCUCAGGUACUUGAGUGUCAUAGACACCCCCAAGAAACAUUUGGUGAUGAACAGGUUUCAGAGGCGACAAAAAAGCUCCUAUUCUAACCCCAUUUUCUGCAUUCCCUAGGCAUAGCCCACUCAAGGGUUCCUUUGCUUCAACUUUCCCAUCAUUGUGGCUCAUGUUGGAGGUGACAACCAGGCAUAACGAUUGCCAGAGCCCUAAUGUGUACACCCCAUACUGCAAGUGUGAGAUUUCCAAAGGAGCAAAUGGCCAGGGACACUGGAGCUCCCAUUACUAGGAAUAGUGUUGGGGGAGCAGUCUAGUGUAGACACAGCUUCAUGCAUAUACGGCCAUCCCUAGCGGGUAAAAGACCAUGAAUGGCACAGACAGCUCUUCCAGGUUGCUGCUCACCAACUCAACCUCUCCUUCUCCUGGCAGAUCCUGAGAGAGGCCAUAACAGAUGCUGGUCCCAUGCCCCAUGGUGCUCCUUUAACAUCCCGAAGGCUGCUCCCAUGUGUAGACAGAACCUCUGGGUGGGUAGGGGAGGCUAGGAAUCAAAAGCAGAGACUUGGGGCCCAGGGAGAGUAAUUUCUAAUCUACCUUGUAAGAACAGCCCACAACCUGCACCUGGCAUCAGGGAGAGGAGAAGCCGAGGAGAUGGGGCCCCGAGAAAACCUACCUCCUCAAAAAAACAUGCAGAACCAGAAGGAGGGAAGUCCUGGAGCCAGAAGUCAAGGGAUGCAUUAGCUACUUUUAGGUAGAAAUUUCCUGUUCCAAGGUCACCCCUUGGCCUUGGUGAUUAGCCGGUUGUCUAGGGCCUUCCUGGACUCCUCCAUUAACAUCAGGGAGGCAGUAUUUUGUGCAAUCUUGUUUAUGUAUAAAGAAUGUCCCCAAAGACAAUAGGAAGAAAUGACAGGAGACCGUUGCUUUGCUCAGAGUGCAUGAGCCAUCUCCCUCUCUCCAGCAUGCCUCCUGCUUUCAUGUUGCAGUCAUGCAUACCCCACACAGGCAGACAGCUUCCAGGGAAACCACCCACAUCAUAUGGCUCAGCUUCUACUCAGGCUUUAACAUGGCUACUUGCACCAUGGAUGGUGGCUUCUCUUGUUUCUGGUGCCCCUUUCUUAAUGAUAUUGAAUUGCUCCCUCAUUCAGCCUAGAUGAGAGGUGACUAGCACACCCAUCGGCUUCAGCAAGGUCUGGGAUUACACACAGAUCAAAACUCAUGCCUGUCACUGCAACAGAAGUGCAGUAGACAAGGUAAUCCAUCCAAGGGCAGAGAAAAUGCAAAGAUGGUGCAUUGUCAGUUUGGGGGUGUAUUGUAAAGGGUUCAUGCAGGGCCGGUGAGAUUCACCCUCCCGGGGACACUUGCCUAGGUUACCAGAGCAGCGAAUGAUCCCAGAUCCCUCCCCAUUUCCCACAUGUGGGCCCAUCUGCAGUUCUGAGCCUCAGAAGGGAAUGAAUCCAUGUCCAGAAGCCAAUCCUGAGAUGCUAGUCUCCAACGGCAGCAAACGUCCCUGGGGAAGGAUGGAUGAACUGCUUCAGAGAAAACCCAUCAAGCCUCAGACCUUUCCUACAGCAGUUCAUGAAAGUUCAGGGACUUCAUGCAGAGAGAAAGACCAUCAGGUGGGAGGUCCUAGAAUACCACUGGGAGGUCUGGGGUCCAACUUUUUCCCAUAGUUCAAGGUCAAAGGGGCCAUUAGACCACUUAAUCUGACCUCCAGCAUUAGAUAUGCAUUCUGCCAGGCACUCGUGUCAUCUUGGGUAAAGCACUUGAAGCUGGUGUCCAGAAUAGGUUUUUUCCUUUAAUUUGUGAUGUAGAAGGAAGAUCUUAAAUAUUGGGAUUCUCCACCCCUUCUCCCCUAGCUUGGUGCCACAAAGUUUACUUAAUAUUAAAUCAUUAUUAUUAAUCAUUUAUAUUCCAGUAGCACCUCACAUUCUGGAUGAGACCAGGGUUUCAUUAUGCUGGGCGCUGUAGCCAGCAACAAUAAGAAACAAUCCCAAGGGCACGCAGGGAGUCUAUAACAGAGCUGUACAUUAAACCCAGCCCAGCUAAGUCCCAACUCAGUGCGCUAACCAUGAGAGCAUUUCUUAGGGUGAUGUCUUUUAUGGGACCAAUUGCAUAGUUGGGAUAGAGUUAGACAAGUUCUAAAUGCAAGACGUGCUUUACCAAGUCCGAGAGCAUUGAAAUACCUUAAGAGACUUUCUUCUUACCGCACUUCUAGCCCAUCGCAAACCAGAAACCACUAAAAAAGACCUUGGGAGAACAUCUGAUCUCAAUAGUUACCAAACACAGGGGCCUGACAGAUGUUCGUAGAACAAGCAUGGGUCUGCAUCUGGAGGGUGAGAAUGGGAGCCAGGAAGCCUGCGUCCUGUCCUGCUGUGGGACUGCAGCACUUCGGUCCCCUGGUUUACUCACUUGUACAAAGGUGGCUCAUGGCAACAUCCUACCCCACCAGAGGGCUGGGACAUUUAAUCCGUCAAUCCAUAUAAGUGCCUAACAUCACUUCAUCCAAACUAGUUUGCCAGCUAACUCAUCCCCCUGGGGUUGCCCGAAUCAAGCCAAAUACAGCAACCAUCUGACAGUACAACCACCACCCUUGUGGAAUAAGCCCCUUAGUCUGCUGUGUUUAGCUCUUUAUUCCAUAUCCUACUGGUUCUCCAAUCCAGAAAUAGAGAUGGAUUAGGGCUGUGAUGGAUCUGAGCUCCUGGUUUCUAACAAGGGAGGUUUGGGGGGACUCCGCUCCACAGGUUCUUAGGUGAUGAUCACUUCUCCCUGCCAGCACCAGCGUGCUGAUCACAGAGCCACGCUUCCAGCUGGAGACGUGGGUCUCCCAGAGAUUACAAAUGUACGCUGCACAUUUAGAGUGAUCUUGGGACACCACCCAGAGGGACAGCUCCUGAUGAUGUUGUGGGUCGCCCUAUAUACUGCCCUCUGGCAGUCAUAUUCUUUAAAUCAGAGCUCUCUAACAGGACAUGCAAUGAAGUGGACUGGCCAUAUCUGCACUACUGGCAACCCAUACAGGUGGUCCUGUACAGCAAACUCUAGACUGGAGAUAGCCAUACACUGUACAGGAAACUAUUUGAAGCUCAAUACUAGAAAUCCAUAUAGAAGCAUACAAGAGAUCCUGCAAAGAAAAGCCCUUAUGGAGCCCUAUAGAGACACUUUUGUCAUGCAAAUUGACAAGACAAAAAUAAUAGGAAGAACCCUCAUGGGCACCUAAAGGGCAUAUGCAGCCCCACAAAGCUCUGCCUACUAGCUAACUACGUCCAAGAAAGGCAUGCCUACAUAUACCCUGCUACUCCAGGCCUUUCCUGGCGAGUGCUCAAAUAUGGGAAACAGCAAGCAGCACUCAAAAAACCUCACAAGCUACGUAAAAGGAUAUGACUUUAUAUUCCUAUAUACUACAACAAGAGGCCUCACAUUGGACACCGCACAAUGGAUAAAGCCAUAGUCUGCAUAAGACAAGUUACUCUCCAUAAAGGAAGUCCCAUACAGGAGACCUCACUGGAGAUGGCCCAAUUCCCAAUAGGGGAGACCCCAUAUUUUAUUGGAAAUUGCUCAGCAUAGAACGCCAAAGCGAGCAUAGCCAUCUCCUCUCUCCACAGGAAGUGUGUCUCUCUGCUAACCUCAAGUCUAAUUCAUCUUAGCACCCUUCCAUUGGCUGGGAUGUUGGGUAGCAACCCCCCCACAGGGGUGGGUGCAGGUCCUGGAAUCAAAGCCCCAUGGCGCAAGUCUCAGCUGCAGGCCCAGUUUGUGCCGAUACAUCUGCAAAAGGUUUUGCUAUUCAUUUAUAAACAAUAAAACACAUUUUUAAUAAGUUAUU